ACCUGCAUGCAACUUUUAUAUAUUCUAGGUUGCCAGAAAUGAUGAUUGAGUGGACAGUUAAUAAUGAAAUUCAGUUAUUCCAUGCCAUGACAGGACACAAACCAAUAGGUAUCAACAAACACUUUCAGAUGUUGAUGAUUCACUCUAAAUUGAGUGAAUCUUUACACACAGAAGUUUCUUCACAAAUUAUAUGGGAUAAACUUCGUACCUUAUAUGAUUUGUCAGCAUUGGAGGAUUCUGACAAGCUGCAGUUCCCGAUCACCGACGGCUCAGAAUUCACUCUACCAAGUGAUUAUCUACAAAACGUUAAUGUACCUUCAGAUUUACUUGCAUCUGACACUCGUUUGGUUGACACAUCCACACCACAACUGCAGUCACUUCCAUUGAAUGAUGCAAGUUCUACUCUUAAGGAAUCUAGACUGACUCCAUCUGUAAGCCUGCCCACCGCCCAACCUCCCGCCAACACUAUAGGCGCCAGUAGCAAAGGCACUCCUGCUUCUUCUUCCUCAGCCUUAGCAGUCAUAACCUCUCGCAAUCAGUCACUGUCUUCAUCACGACAUCAAUCCCCUUGCUCCUCUCGCCUCACAGCCGCAGUCAGCAGCCCUGGUCGCCUAGUCAACGGCAAGGAGUCGGAGUUGCUCACUCCCAAGCAGCGGGCCUACAAUAGAGUCUCAAAUGAAAGUAAGGAAGGGUCCAGCACGCCUUCUUCCUUGGGUCGUCGAAGCGGCGCAAGUCGCCAAACUUCAGACGAGACCGCAGACGAGACGACGCCUCGACGACCGAAGCGCGGGCGAGACUCGAAGAGCGGCAGCCCCGUGGCGAGCAGCGCGCCACACAGCAAACGGAGGAAGGUUUAGUGGCCGCGACUCAGGCUCGUGCUGCGGCGUAGCGCUGAAGACGUUGCGUCACGAUCGUGCUGCAUCGUAGCGCUGAAGACGUUGCGUCACGAUCGUGCUGCGUCGUAGCGUCAAGGCUUUGUUAUUGAUAAGCUUAAUGCGUCAAGAGCUGACUCCUUUGAUAACUUUAACCAGUAGCGCAUCCCGGCAUUACCUACAUUGUGUGUACUAUUCAGGCUUGACACUGCCUUCAACUGCUUGUACGACGCACUUGAUAUUCAUAUCGGCAUUAAGUUGCAACAAUCUUGACUCUUGAAUGUCAUUUCGCAUCCGUGCUCACAAGCUUCCAAAAGUCCAUUGUCCUAUUGGAACGAUUCUACAGGUUUUUUUUUUAAUUUACGCGCUAGUUUAUAUUGUUAUAAAAUUUAAUCAAAACAAUGUUAUUUUUGUCGUCUGGUCUCCCGGGGGAUUGACGAGGGUUUUCCUGACUUCCUAUCGUGUUUUUUUUUUAGGUUGAGAAUGAUAUUGCAGGUCUUCUGGCUGCGACAUUUUUAUAUUGUUAUUUGAAAUUGACACGCGAGUUUAUAUUGUUAUAAAAAUUGAAUCAAAACAAUGUUAUUUUGUCGUCUGUUCUUCCGGGGUAUCGCCACGUGUUUGCCUGAUUAUCGUGACUGUUUCAGGUUGAGAAUGUUUCAAGUCUUUUGGCUGCGACGAUUACGAAAUCGCUGCGACGAAAUUAUACCUCACUUCUUAAAAUCUAUUAAGUGCCGAUUUUGAAGUUAUCUGCUGUUUAUCAUGAAGCACUGCUGCAUGGAAUGCCAGUUCUGAUUAGCACCAGCUCAUCAGACACUACAUCUUUACUGCGUGAAAAUUUAUGUAGCUGAAUUAAAGUUGAAUGACGCGAUACUGAAAGCGUUCGUUUUUCCAGCAAAGAUUGAAGUUGUUGAGUUGAUGACUCAAACAUUUUUCAUGUGCAGUAAUGAAAAUGAGAGCCAAAUGAUUAACACUCCUGAGCGUGCUGCUUAAACUUGCGUAGCAGCUAGUCCUGUAUUUAUAUCAUGUCAAUGGUAUUGGUUAUUAUAUUUAUUUACACAAAAUGUUUCUCUUCAUUUGUAUGACAUUUUUACUUCGUUGUUCAUGUUUAACAUCAAGCUUGAAUGAUAGUUCUUGUGCA